CACAUUUCAGCAGGUGCACUGCCACCUUUGUCCCCUCCCUCUGCUCGGGGUGGGGCUUGUGGUCACACCUCACACCUUCAUCUUGCGACCUGUGUGAAUGGGUGUGCCCCGACACCUCGAAGGUUUGAUGACACACAUAACGCUACAGAGCCGGUUGCCUCAUACACAGAGAGGAAAGCCAUGGGGAAGACAGGUGGAAGAGGCGACUUUGAAUGGGUCUACAGUGACCAGCCGCACACUUCGAGAAGAAAAGAAAUACUGGCCAAAUAUCCAGAGAUCAAGUCUCUGAUGGGUCCAGACCCCCAGUUGAAGUGGGUGGUAUCAGGCAUGGUCCUAACCCAGCUCCUGGCGUGCUACCUGGUCCGCAACCUCUCCUGGAAGUGGAUUUUCUUCUGGGCCUACGCCUUCGGAGGCUGCAUUAACCACUCCCUGACUCUGGCUAUCCACGACAUCUCUCACAACGUGGCCUUUGGCAACAAGCUGGCAAAGUGGAACCGCUGGUUUGCCAUGUGGGCCAAUCUGCCCAUCGGGCUGCCUUACUCCGCCUCUUUCAAGAAGUAUCACAUCGACCACCAUCGGUAUCUGGGAGGCGACCGGCUGGAUGUGGACAUCCCCACGGACUUUGAGGGAUGGUUCUUCUGCACCCCAGCCAGGAAGGUCCUGUGGCUCUUUCUACAGCCGUUUUUCUACGCCCUGCGCCCAUUGGUGGUCAAUCCUAAACCAGUGUGUCAGUUGGAGAUCCAGAACGCAGUAGUUCAGCUCGCAGUAGAUUUAAUUAUCUACUAUCUAUGGGGGCUUAAGCCCAUUGUUUACCUCAUUGCAGGAUCUAUUUUGUGCAUGGGACUGCAUCCUAUCUCUGGACAUUUCAUUGCUGAGCAUUACAUGUUCCUGAAGGGACACGAGACAUAUUCUUACUAUGGACCACUGAACUGGAUCACCUUCAAUGUCGGGUAUCACAUGGAGCACCAUGACUUCCCCAGCAUACCUGGCAGUAAACUACCUCAGGUCAAGCACAUCGCAGCAGAGUAUUAUGACUCCCUGCCUCAACACACUUCCUGGACCCGGGUAUUAUGGGACUUUGUGUUUGAUGACAGCAUUGGCCCCUAUGCCAGAAUCAAACGGGAGUACAAGCUAAGCAAGCAGGAAUAGAUCUAUGACUGAUUAUAGUACCCAUUAAACAGGAAUGUGAAUUUCAGUUGUCAAAAAUCUAUAGACUACUAUGAAAUGUCAUAUUCUCUAGUUUAAAUGUUUUGUUUUUCUAUGUAGUGUGUGAUUGUACACUGUCUAACAUGUUUGUCAUUCUCAUCUUACAUUAGUCCCGUACUUGACUUACUAUGUCGCAAAGGAAUGUGCAAAUAUCAGUUGCAUACACACCGUUUAUGGAAAUGGGAAUUCAGCAUGUACAGCUAGAUGGUUUCCUUACCCCCUUAUUUAUUCAUGCUUGUAUUCCUGCUAUAAACAGAUGGCUUGUUGUCUUGACAGUGAUGACAAUCAUGUCUUGUACCCAGAAGACAAAGAGAAGGGCAAAAUGAUGAUAACUGUAUGAUGAUGAUAAUAGUAGUGUUCAAUAUAAACAUAGUCAUUUCUUGCAAGACAAAGGUCACAUGCAUUCUCAUGAGGUUUUAACAGCGCUGCCACUACCUCUUUUGAUUCCUUUCCUGCCUUUAAGCAUUAUGUGAGAAUCAAGGCAAACAAAGCCUCUCGGAUUACUUAAAACAAUUGCACAGAAAAAAGCUUAAGUGAAAACGAACACUGAAACUUACCUUUCAGGAAGAGGAGCCUUUUCCUCAGUGACACCCCAUUCUGCUUGUUUGCAGCUCCAUUGUGCUGUGAAUGGUUUGAUCAUAUCUACAGGGAGUGGACAAAAUAGCGAACAAUAUACAGUGCAAAAAAAAAAAGUUCUUAGACAAUUCGGGUUCAGUGAGGUUUAAAUGUUGGUGUUUACUUGAGACUGUCAGGGUUGCUGAUUGAACUGAUGCUGAUUGAUGGUAUUUUUUCAGGCUGUAGUUUGUGUUGCUGAGGGUUUUUUUUUGUGAACACUCUUUGAUCAUGCAGUUUUCCUAUAUUCGUCAAAUAUCUUCUUGAGUUUAGAGAUUGCCACAUUAAAUCAUUUUCGACUGAUUUACCAGCAACUGAGGCAGCACACUCCUGUCAGGCACACAAGGGAGACUUAUUGAGCACCAAUUAAGUAACAAAUUUUUUUGUUUUGUUUUUAUGCUGUGAAUAUCCAAUGCAACAUAAGAAAACCUACUGCAGGGGUAGAAAUAGGCCAUGCUGCCUGAAUUGAUGAUGCAUCCAGCACAAAAUACAAAAUUAUAUGUAAUGGGCUGAGGAAAAAGCCUCUGAAAGCACAACAAACGCAAAAAAAAAA